UGUAGUGAAGUGGCGCUCCGGAAGCACUUUUGGAUCCUUUCUCGACUGCGUUUACUCCGUUACUACGGGGAACGGUGUCCAUGGCAACCUGUUCUUCGCUUUUCCUCCGCCAAAGAAGACUACGUUGAGAGUCGUAUAAGGCUCCCAGUUCAUCAAGUCCUAACAUGUAGGGAGUCCUUGCUGUCAAAACUACUUCAUGUCUGUGACACCCUCCCAGAUUCACGUUGAAGGAGAGGGCCUGGUGACAUGCCCUGCCAUCUCAGGGAAAUUCCGUGUUUGUGAGCGGCCUCUGGCUCACCACCUCAGGUACAAAGACCUUUCCUGGAAACUAACCAUCCUUUAGGUUGUUUCAACACUGACUUCUUAUUAUUGCAAAUUGCUAAGUAAGAAAUGAACUAUUUUGGAAAAGAAGCUUAACUUUGUUGGCACCAAAUGCCAUUAGAGGAACACCUCAGAAGCAUCAAUACCUAAGACCUAAGAUACCUUGGAAUUCAUUUGAGUACAACUUGAUAAAUCCUAAAGUUAGGUGAAAUGUUUCAGAAGCCGAUUGAAAUCAUGGAGAAGAAUCCCCAGCCUGACUUCAAGCUUCACACCCCGAUCCAGCCGUAUAUAUGUUCAACUUCAAAGGAUUUCCAAGAAGAAAGGGAUUUUUUGGCAAACAAUAUCUUCCCCCAGCUUAAUGAACUCUGUAAUUCCCGGGGGACCUAUUUCAAGGCCAUUGACUUGAGAUGGCCAGCAUCAGAGGCUCAUGACCCUCUCUGCCCUAACUUUCUCAGGCAAUACUGCAGCCUGCAAUCCCAGCAGCUGAAGCUUUGCCUUGACUACAUCAACAGCUCAUUCCCCUUUUUCCUCUGUAUGCUGGGCCAGACAUAUGGAGAAUUCCUCCGUGAGGAUCAAACUUUUCUGCCCACUGGAACUGCUGACCUUCCAGGGUUGUCCAAGGUUGAAAGGAACCUCUACACUGCAGCCCACAAUGGCUACCCUUGGGUUCUUGAGAAUUCUAGCUGCAGCUUCACAGAGCUGGAAGUGAUCCAAGCAGCCUUUCUGAAUAACUCCCAUUUUCAGUAUUUUUAUUUUCGGACUGGUGCCAUGCUGCUGAAAGCAUUAGAACAGGAAAGGGAAAAAAUUUCUAGUCCACAAUCCCGGCAGAGGGAAUAUGAAAAACGAAAGAUUGGGGAGCUCAAGUCUAAGAUCAUUAGCAAAGGGCUACCAGUCAGAUUUUACAGAGAUCUCCACGAACUGGGCCAAUUAGUUUAUAAAGACUGGUCAAUUGUGAUAGAAAAACUUUGCCCUGCUACUUUUCUGAGAGAAAAUAUAGACCAAGACCACAACACUGAACGUUCUUAUCAUGAAGCUUUUACCAUAAGAUGCCGGAAGAUGUUUGUGCUGUCCAGAGAAUCAAAACAGGCAUUUGAUGCUUUGGAAAAAUUUGUGAUGAGGGAUAUUCAAAAUGAAGCAACCAAACAGGAAUCUGGCAACUCUCUGGAAUCUAUCCUCAGAAUCAGGCCUAUUCUACCGACGAAAUCCAUUUUGCUUUUGUCUGGAGAACGUGGCUCUGGGAAGUCAGUGUUGAUCGGAAGUUGGGUAAAUUCUUUUAGAGAGAGAUAUCCGGAUAUGUUAGUAAUCCCUUAUUAUGUGGGAAGCAGUUGUGACCGCAGCGAUAUCAUGACCAUGAUGCAUUACUUCAUCACUGAAUUACAGUAUAAGCAAUUUGGUACUCAGAUUGAAACUGAUCUCAUUAAUGAAGACUCCAAAGUAUGGGUCUUUUCACUUCUUGUAGAAAUAUUCUUAGCCUCCAUCAGUUUAAAGCCAUGCAUAUUAGUACUUGAUGGAAUUGAAGAAUUGAUUGGUGUUUAUGGGAUUUCAGGACAGAAGGCAAAAGACUUUUCCUGGCUGCCCCCCUCCAUUUCCCCUCAUUGUAAAUUGAUCAUGAGUACGGUAUCCUCUAGUCUCUCUUACAAAUCACUUUGUACCCGAUCAGAUGUUAAAACGGUGGAGCUCACCAUUGCCUCAGAUGAAAAUACAGUUAUCAGAAUUUUUGAACGGUAUCUCAGAGUACCUCACAAAAACAUUUUUUCCUAUCGAGAGAAACAUCACUCAAGAAAAAAACCAUGCCUAAGUCCUUUGAAAGUUGCCAUCUUGGCCAAUGAGUUUCAAGAAUGCCGACUCUACCGAAAUGAGGCUGAAUGUAUUCAGGAAUACCUGGAAGUACUUUCCAUUCAGGAGCUGUGGGAAUUAAUUCUCAAACGAUGGGUUGAGGACUACAGCUGGAUCAUCAGACCCAAAAAGGUAGUGUCAAGUCUACCGGAUUCUAAAAGCCGACUGAGUGGCUGGGUAGUGGACACAUUAUGCUUAUUAAGUGUCUCUCAUUGUGGACUGACUGAUCUUGAGAUUCUCCAGCUUUUGGAAAUACUGGGCUAUAAGAAUCAUUACAAAGUCACCACCUCCCACUGGGCGGCCUUUCGCUCAGCUACGAAGCAGUGGAUCCAAGAGAAGCCAAAUGGCCGUUUGCACUUCUGUCAUCAGUCUCUGCGGCAAGCUGUAGAGCACAAACUGCUUGGUGUAAUCACGCCUGUCAGAGAAAGCAGUCCAUAUUCCUUUCAGAACCCCGUGAAUUGCAAAAAAACAAAUUUACACCGGAUCUUGACUCAGUUCUUCCAGAGACAAAGCAACUUUUGGAGAGCAUAUGCAGAGUUGCCUUGGCACCUGAAAAUGAGUGGCAACUGGGAGGAAUUAUGUAAUUUUCUCACAAAUGCCAAAUCCCUGGCUAUAAUAUCCCAAACCACAAAGCCAACCUUCUGGAUAAAGCUCCAUCUUAUCCAUUAUUGGAAUGUGCUAACAGAAGCUGGAUAUGAUAUUGCAGGAGCCUAUAUAAGUACAGUGAAAAAGAUCAUCACUUACAAGACAUACAAGAUAAAAGAAAGGCAUACGUGGACAGAAUUGAACUGCAAAAUUUCUGAUUUCACAACCAGUAAGAAAUGCCAGAUCAUGUACUUUGUUGCAAGAUUUUUUAAUUAUUUAGGCAGGACCAAUGAGGCUGAAGAACUGUUAAUAAUUGCUGAGGACUUGUUGAUGAAGCAUGACUUGGAAUGUGAAGUACUCUUCAAAAUACAGCUUAGUUUGGGAGAACUCUAUUUAGAAGAGGGAUGCAUGCAGAAGGCCUUUUUAUUUUCCCAAAGAGCGUGGGUCACAUGGCGACAUUUGGCACUGAGUGACUUAAACGAUUUGGAAAGACAGAAGCAGAAAGGCAGAGUGAUAUAUAACCUGGCAAAGGCUAUGAGCCAAGGAUCUCUAAAGGAAAAUCACUUGCUAGAAAAUAUUGCUGACCUCUCCAACCAAUUGACUUGUAGCCCAUAUGAUUUAGCUAUGCUGAGAUGCAUGGAAGGUAUUCUUAAAUCGCAAUCUGGGAAUUUUUCUAUGGCAAAAUUGAAAUUUCAAGAAUGUCUCAGUAUCCGUAAAAGUUUGUUUGGAGACAAUCACUUCUUAGUUGGAGAAAUUAAGGAAUAUUUGGCAGAUUUAUUAAGUGGCCAAAAAAAGACUGAAAAAUUACAAAGGAAACAUGCAAUUGAGUAUUACAGAGAUGUGAUAAAGAUAAAAGAAAAUAUGGAAAUCUUGACUAACUCCUUCAAAGUGAAAAAGCAACUUAAUGUCAGCCUCAGCAAUGUCAUGUGUAAAUUAGCUGAUCAAUUGCUCAAAAAUGAUGUUUCUGGUCAAUAUGAUCAAGAGUCGGAUGAACUUUUGCACAGGGCACUCGAUUUACGAGUUACCUACCUGGGAUCUUCUCAUUCGUCCUCAUGUGAGCUCCUCCGCUUUCUGAGGGAUCUUGAGAGAAAAUGCCUAAGCAAAGGUGAUCUUAAAGGCCAAAGCUCAAGUCAAGAAAAUUUCAAGCGGAUCAUUGGACAGGGCAAAAUCGAGAAGCGGAGAAUGGUGUACCCUAGGCCUCAGAAUUUCAAGACUGUGAAAUCUCUCAGCAGCACCACUGCUAAACUUCAGAGGGCCAUGAGUUUGGACUCUUGCAAAGUUUCAGACUAUGAGUCCAUGAAAAGUGUUUUAGGAAAAGGGCAUAAUGGGAGAUUUCCCUGCAGUUCGACAAAGGGAAUUAUUAAGCAGCAGGCGCAGAACAAUGGAGAAAUAUGGGUCUCUCCAGAGGACAAAGCUGCAAGUACAAAGAAAGAGAAACCUGCUCCUGGGAAAAACAUAAUUUUAAGCAACCUAGAGGACAGCUUAAAAUCUCCACGAGAAAGGGCAUUGUCAGCCCCUUCCUUUACCAAUCGGUGCUCACAACCAACCUUGUCAGGGCCUCUUAGUAACCUUAGUUCCUUGGAAAUUCCUUGCAGGCCACAGACGUCACCAGAAAAUCUAAUCUUUAAGAAAUCAGGAAGCCACAUAGAUUUUCAUAAACCCUCUCCACCCAAAAGACAGCAAAUUGAUAUCAGAAUGUUGAAAAAACUGAGUGAAAACAAUAAGUCAUAAAGAGUGUUGUAGGCAAAAUCAACCCAAUAUACUUAAUGUUUUUUCAAGUAUGAGUUUGUUUACAAGCAUUCAAUUGACUAUUUUUCUUUAAACAAAUUGGAGAAAAUAAAGAAAAACUUUUAUGCUGUGUUGAAGCUCAUAAAUGAUAGCUUACUUACGUGCUCAUUUAAACUCUUCAGAAUGCUGGUCUCACAAAUUUUAGCCAAAAAGAACUAGAAGGAUCCUUUAUACUUCCUUGGUACACUAAAGUAGUUGGAAUUACAGUGACCUUAUGGGAUGUUUUACCCAAGAAAUUACAUUUUUGGGUAAAACUAAAUUAAAGAAAUAUCACUCAAAUGUUCAUUUAGUGAAAGUCAUGUUGCUGUGGCCUAUACAGCAGUCCAAAAGUUAUAAAUAUUUUUUCAAAACAAUGUCAUAAUUGCCAAGCAUUUUCUUGAAAUGGGAAAAAAACCUUAUAUUUAAAUAAGAAUGAAAUAUGAUCUGACCAUCAAGAUGGUAUAGUAGAUACAGCAGCAAAGCUAGAGUCAGAAUACUUGAGUUCAAAUUCUAUGUUAGACACUUAUUAGCUGUGUGGACUUGGGUUAGUCACUUCACCCUGUUUGCCUCAGUUUCUUCAUCUGUAAAAUGAGCUGGAGAAGGAAAUGGCAAACCACUUUAGUUUCUCUGCCAAGUAAAUACCAAAUGGGGAAGGGUCAGAUAUGCCUGAAAAAUGAUUGAACAACAACAACAAAUAUAAUCCUCCUAGAGUUGAAAGCAAAGUAGAUAGUAAUAUGACAAGUGGCAAGGUAUUUUCUGGGAUUAUAAUAGUAGGAAUAAUAGAUUAAAGAUUCUACUCUAUGUUUACUGUUACUGUUUACACACUUGUAUAUAUGAGGCAGCUAGGUGGCACAAUGAGUAAGAAUAUUGGGCUUGGAGUCAGGAAGUCCUAAAUUCAAAUCCAGCCUCAGACAUUUCCUUGCUGUACAUUCCUGGGCAAGUAAUUUAGCCUCUGCUUGCUUCAGUUUCUUCAACUGUAUAGUGGGAAUAAUAACAGUACUGACUUCCUCAGAUUGUUGUGAGGUAUCCAAUGAGAUAAUAUGUAUAAUGCUUCUCAAACCUUAAAGCACUGCCAAGAUGGUUAUAAUAUUUUAUUUAAUACCAUUAUAAUAAAUAUAUUAUUACAAAACAAUAGAUAUAUAUGC